AUGCUACUAAGAACAGUCUUUGCGUUUUGCCUCUUGGCUAUUGGUAUGGCGAUACGCCGACAUCAUGCUCAAGUCCAUAAACCCAAGCAAAAUUCAAAUAAUCCGUGCCCAAGUGGAUGGAGUCAUUAUAAGGAUUCGUGCUAUUUUUAUGAGAAAAAUAUGUUGACUUUUGAUAAAGCUGAAGUUGGCUGUUUGGAAAGGGAUUCCCUAAUGUUCGUGGCCGAUACGAUUGAAGAAUAUAAAGAAGUAAUGAAAGAUACUCCUAUGAAUUAUUAUACUUGGGUUGGUGCCAAGCAAAACGAAGGUGAUCAUGAAAGCAAAUGGGCUUCUGGUAAAGGAAUCAAAACAUCCGAAAUUGACUGGCUGACGCCAGCUUACAAAGGAUUCCAUGAUGGGGCUAGAUGUGUAGCACGAUUCAACAGUGUUGCUACU